AAUACCUUCGAGUAAAGAGCCGAGUAGAAUAGCUUGAGCAGACGACGAAGCUACCUGCAGCGAGAGCAAGAGGGUAAGAUCGAGAAAGAGCAAGCAGCCAUGCAGGCCGGGAAGAGCGUGAUGGAGGCGACCAAGGAGGCCGCGGCGAACCUGGGCGCGUCGGCGAACGCCGGCAUGCAGAAGACCCGCGCCGCCGUGCAGGGCCAGGUGGAGAAAGCCACGGCGCACAACGCGUCGGACAAGGCCGCUGCGGAGGCGAACCAGCGGGAGCGCGUGCGCGCCGCGGAGGAGGAGAAGCAGGGCGCGAUGCGCGCGAACGCGGCCGCCAAGGAGCGCGCCACUGGCGCGCACCCGUCGCAGGGCGCGCCGGGCAUCGUUGACGCCGCCCACCACCAGCAGGGCCACGGGGCCGCCCCGGCGGGCGGGCACGUCGAGGCUGGCGUCGGCGAGACCCGGCCCGUCGCGAGGGCCACCGGAGCGGCGCGGCCCAGCGCCGCGCACAACCCGCACGUCGGGAGCGACUUCUCCCAGGCGCGCGGCACCGGCGGGCAGUACCAGUGAGAGGCUCAGCUGUGUGUGCGCGUGCGUAUUCUCAUCAUCGUUUGACGUAUGUGGACAGAUAUGCUUGUACCAUAUAAAUAAGUUUGUGCGUGUCUAAUAA